CUCCUUUCUCUCGAAGGUCUUCCCGCGCAGGAAAUAUAAUUUCUGAUAGAGGCAUCCGUCGUUUUUUUGAGCCGCGCUCGUUUCCUCCCUUCUUCUCCGCUCGCGCUAUCCGUACUUUCCGUCGCGAUGUGGAGACGCUCCUCUCUCGUCCCGCUCUCUCUCCCGUAGAAUUAGCAUCGCCUCGUAGACACCUAAUCGCCAUAAGUUCUCGUUGAAUCGACGUUAACGAGCGUUAUCCGUUCCGGUGAAUCGAUAUUGGCGCGCGAGCCGUUAACAUUAGCAAACGUACCAGCGAACCUCGGUAACGGCGUGCCCGAUUUUCGACUCGACGCCCCGCGACGAUGUUAUCUCGCGGGGUUUCCCCAAGCGAUCCCCGAUUCAUUUUCCGCUCACCUGUUAUUCCCGUCUGUAUACUUUUCUCCCUCGCGCGCGCUACCGCCGUUGCGCCUCCUUCGCCGUUCGUCCCCGCGUGUAACGCAUCCCGUCGCGCAAAUGCGAUUGAAAAGUCAGCGCGGAAGCGCAGGAAGGACGAGGACGGUCCUCGGGGAGGCGCGUCCUGGCGGAGACGCGGUUAUCGCGACUACGCAUCCCCGCGAAAUCACGAGCGAGGCCGUAUUCUUCUACACGCGGGCCGCCGUCGUCGCCGAGGCUCGUAGCGCCGAGGAACGCGAUGCUGCCGAGGUAGAGACCGGGGAUUCUUGCAAGGGGGUGGCGGAUAAAUGGCACACGCAACUUCACGCGUGCAUCGCACGCGCAUACGGAACACGCGUUACGGAGGACGUGGGAGAACGAACGAGAGGACGAUCAUGUCCCUAUGAGAGCAGCAGCCAGCAAGCGUUUCCGCGUGUCGAGCCGCUGUACAGAUACGAUUGGGCGCGGGACAAUCGGAAAAGCGUAACAUUCGCUAACGUUAUUACGCUCGCUAUUUGCGCCCGCCUGUCUGUGAUCGACAAGGCCGAAGGUGGAAACACUUGUUCAGAGGAAAAACUUGUACUUGGGGAUAUUGUACGCCGCGUUUGUCGGUUCCUCUCAAUUUCGAGCACUGAACGGCACGACCGUGUCAAACAUCCUCGAUAUCAUCUCUUCCGUUCCAGUAGUUCCAAUAUAGAGAACACAUCUGAUGAAUCAGAAGAUGAAUUGGCGCGAAUUCGCGCCCGAGCGAGUGUUCCAGAUACAACCAGAUUAAAGAGAAACGACAUAACUGUUGUUACCAAGUAUGCCUCUGGGGCUGUCGACCAGAAGAACGCGUCCAUUACAUCUAUAAUACAAAGGAGGGUCGUCAGGCCCCACGGUUUUAGCGUUGGUGAAAAAUGUAGGAUAAGCAACAAUCUUUUGCCGAAUAAACAGCACUUUAUACAGGAGUAUACUUCCAAGGUCUUCUGUGGUUUGUAUUCCAAGGAUGGGGAGUUCUUCAUCACUGCUACUCAAGAUAAGUGGUUGUACAUAUAUCGGACGCACAAUGGCAAUUUUACCUUGUACAGUCGAAUGCUAGCGCACGAUGUCGGCUGGAGUGUUCUAGACAUAGCGUUCAGUCCAGACGGUGAACACUUUGCAUACUCGAGCUGGGCGGACAGUUUGUAUCAAUGUCAUAUAUCUGGACAUUCAUUGGAAACGUUACCAUUGUGCCCGGGGGUAAGGCGGUUUUGCGUCUUUUCUGUGGCUUUUUCAAACGACGGCACAAAAAUCCUUGGCGGUGCUAAUGACCAGUGCCUCUAUAUAUAUAAUCUCGAGUGUCAGCAGCGAAUCUUGCGGUUCGAGGGCCACGAAGAAGACGUAAACAGUGUUGCCUUUGCGGACGACAGCUCGCAAAUCUUUUAUAGCGGCAGCGAUGAUGGGUUAUGCAAGGUAUGGGAUAGGAGAGUGUUAAACGAAUCUUAUCCGCGUCCGGUUGGAGUGUUGGCUGGUCAUAGGGACGGGAUCACGUGCAUUGAUGCACGCGGCGACUCACGGUAUUUUAUAACCAAUUCUAAAGAUCAAUCCAUCAAGUUGUGGGAUACGCGUAUGUGUUCCUCUCGUAGGGCUCAACAAAAUGCUCGCCAGCUUAUCGAGCGUCAGGAUUGGGACUAUCGAUGGCAGCGCGUGCCUCAACGAUUAUGGGAAAGAGGCUUCUUAGAAGGUGAUACCAGUGUUAUGACUUAUUAUGGUCACUCGGUUCGUAAGACUUUGAUACGUUGUCGCUUUUCGCCGCCGGACAAUACUGGCCAGAGAUAUAUUUGUACGGGGGAUUCGACGGGGCGGUUUAUCAUAUAUGAUCUUUUGACGGGAAAGUUAAUACGCAAAAUAAAAGGUCACAGGGGAUGCGUGCGCGAUAUUAGUUGGCACCCCUUGGACUACAAUCUUAUUACUUCGUCUUGGGAUGGUAAAAUAGCCAAAUGGGAAUAUUGUGCAUCCCAAGAUGUGAUGAACGAAGAUGAUCAGCGAGCUCCAUUACGACGCAGUGAGAGAAUAAGAGCGCGAAGAAGAACAAGGGCGCUCAAUGUGUCUAUUUUCGAUGUGAUUUGUCGCCAGGAACAUAAAUAGACAUUGUACAAGACUGAAUGACGAAUGCGAUUUUUCGAUCCAUCUCUACCGUUGUGUUCGCAUAUUUUGCAACAUUCUCACUCACGAUUGUUUUCUUUGCGCCAUUAGUAGAUUGAAUAAGAAUCGCUGUUCGUUUUGUUUCAGUGACUCGCAAACAAUCAACUUAUGCGCAAGAAACACAAAGAGCUUCUUCCCUUUCUUUUUACGUUAGAAGUAUUGUAUAUCAUAAAAUGUUUUUAACUAAACAAUCUAAUUUUUCUGGAAUCUUUGAUAAGUCAGAUCUUACAAGUUCAUCCAAAUAUCACUUUGACAAUUGGUUCUUAUUCCUAUGAGGGAACACACAAGUGUCUCCUUCUCUCGAUUUGAGUUUUUCUUUUCAUAUGUAUCUAUAUUCCUUAGUAUACAUAAGCAACAUGCAAAUCAAAGUUGAUCAGUUUGGAGGAAAGGAGAGGAAAUAUGUAUUUUCUUAGAUUAACAUUUUUCUUUUAUUUAGAUGCAUUCAAAUUAAAUUUACUUAAAACUUAAAGAAUUACUUUUUUGGAAUUAUAUUUUUCGGAAAUAUCCAAAAAAGUUGCAAAUUUGGAUCGCCCUAUUACUAGUUUCUAGAGUAGAGAAGUUACAGCUGUGUAACUGAAUACUUGUUAGAAAUUGCGGAUGUAUGAUUACCGAAGUUGGCAACUUGAUCUUUAUUUUAUUAUAUAUAAGGAAAGAUUUCUUUGCGAUUGUAACUGCAAUAUUUCUUGUAAAAUUAACAAGAAAUCAUGUGCAUUUAUAUUAAAUUUUUCGUGUGAUCAAAACUUUUGAAAAUAAAAUAGGUUUGCGUUGGUCUCUUAACGCAAAAUGUCUUAACAAUUGCAAAGUAACCUUGUUCUGUGAUAUGCAGUGAUACUUAUCUUAAGGUUCUAUAGACACAUAGAAAUGAUUCUUUUGCCACACGAGAAUACUUUGACAUUGCAACAUUAAAGGAACGUUAUUCUAAUUUGAAUUAAUAUCUGAGAUAUAAAUCUGGAUGAAUCGUUUUAGCAAACAAUUAGUUUAAAAUUGUUUCAGUAAUUGCACAGCAAGAGUAUUCCGCUUUUCCUGGGGAUGUUUUUUUUUGGGGGGGGGGGGUUAAGACUCCUGGUUCUUUGGCUGCAGUUGUCCAUGUUCAAUGAUGUCAGAAGCAAGAAAAAAAUCUUUUGCCAUUUUCAAAUAAAAAGACAUUUGGAUGAAAGAAUACUAUACUUUAGCAUACUUAUAACAUGUCUCAAAAACUAUCCUUUCCUUCAUCGGACAAUAAACACCCAUAAAAUGAAUGUAAUGCAAAGUCUAAUCAUGCACUUGCACAUAAUUUGUAUGAUUAGGCUUCAUAUCACAUUCAUUUUAUGGCUGUUUAUUAAUUGUCGAAAGAAAAGGAUAUUUUGGAAUAUUUUAUAAGUAUGCUAAAGCAAUUUGAAAUGGUUUUUCAUUCAGUAUUUUCUUAUUUGAAAGUAGCACGCAAGAAUUCUUAGCCCGUUAUUUCUCGCUUUUAACGUAUUUAAACAAGGACAACUACAGCGAGGAGUCUUAAUUAAUUAAUCAUUUUGUUUAAUAAUUAACAAUAAAUAAAGGAUAACAAUAAGACAAUUUAUGAUUGUCGUUCACUAAUUUAUUAAUAAGAAACGGUGUACGAUCAGGCCAAUUUACGAUUUGCUUUAAUUAAUUAAUGAGAAACGAAGAAUAAUUAGGGCGGUUCAUGAUUUGAAAUCAAUUGCAACCUUCAACACAAAUUGUCGUUUGUAAUUUUUUACCUUGAAAAAUGUAACAUAUUGUUGGUUUAAUAAAAUACCAUACGUCUUGGUGUUUUGAUAUUA